AUGGUCCUGGCUAGUCGCUCUAGAUCGAUACCCCGUCUACCUAGACGUGCGUUCUUCAGUGUACCUGCUGUUGCCUACCCCAUAAUCAACAGAUUAUGUUCGUGUGGAUGUUCAAAAUUCAAACCAUCCAUUUCCUCUUCGCAUCAUCAGAAUCGAUCAUACACAAGCACGACGGUAGCCACAAGUCAUAGGAAUAUACCGAAAGUGAUUCUCAGGAUAUGGCAAAGUCGUAGAUACACGACCGAGGCUGAAAUAGAUCAGACUCAAGAUCGAUGGUGUACCGAGAUAGAAGAGAGACAGGCGAAAUUGAUCGAAAGUGCCAAAGCUAGAGUGGAACUAUAUAAGAAGACGAUAGAGCAGGAAAUGGAAGUGACCGAUGUUCAAGGUCAGAUUGGUCGAGCGAAGAUACAGCGAGAACUAGGUCCAUUAGCUCAGUUGUGGGAUAAAUAUAUGGGUUUGAGGAAGUCAAUAAUAGAUCUUCAACCUGAACUGGACGAUCCCGAUCCCACAUUACGAGAUCUAUUCCUCACCGAGCACACAGAUCUAUGUGCCGAACUCGAUACGCUCUUAACUGAUGAACUACCCAAAUUACUCUUACCUACCCCCUCCACAGCUUUAUUACCAUGUAUGAUUUCUCUCAAUGCUGGUGUCGGCGGACUGGAGUCUGCCUUGUGUACAGAAGACCUGGCAAGGAUGUAUGUCCGUUUCGCCGAGAAAAAGGGAUGGAAAAUCGAGGAGUUGUCUAAAGUUGAAGGAUCAGGUGGGAAAGGAGGUGGAGGAAUUAGAGAAUUAACUCUGAAAUUCGAUCAUUCACCUUAUGCCUCUCAAGAUGAAGAAGAGAUCUUUGGGUUGAUGCAGUGGGAAAAGGGCGUACAUAGAAUACAGAGGAUACCCGUUAAUGAGACUAUGGGUAGGAUACAUACGAGUACAGUUGCUGUUGUUGUAUUACCCAUUUACCCCGAUACGGAAGAAUCCCCUUUAGUCGACCCGAAAGACGUCAAGAUUGACGUAAUGCGAGCGAGAGGAGCAGGAGGUCAGCAUGUCAACAGGACCGAAUCUGCUGUUCGUCUAACUCAUAUACCAACGGGUAUAACUGUAUCCAUGCAAGAUUCGAGAUCACAACAUCAGAAUCGAGCAUGGGCGUGGGAUAUCCUAAGAGCGAGAUUGAGCGAGAAGAAACAUAACGAAGAAGUCGAAGCUCGUAGGGCUAGUAGGAGAGAUCAGGUUAAAGGCGCCGAUAGGAGCGAUAAGAUCAGGACGUAUAACUUCAAUCAGGACCGACUUACAGACCAUAGAUUCGGAUUCACCAUCACCGGCCUCCAGAACGUAUUAGAUGGAGAUGGGUUGGAAGAUGUGAUUACAAUGAUGAAACGUGAUUUACAAGAGAGAAGGCUAGAAGCUCUGUUACAAGGUGAAGAAGAUAUAGAUUAUUAG